AUGUUCCUGGGCGGCCUGCCAAUGAGUGCCUCGCUAGCUGACCUUGGCUUCGAAGCGUUGAGCCUCUUUCAGCGCGUCCAAACUGUAAAUAGCGACAAGACAUCCCAAGACUGGCCCGCAGCCUCAUUCACCGCCGAAGCCGAGCGAUUCGAGCUCUGGGCUGUGAAUCUGGGGCUCUUCGUCGUAGGCCAUGGCUCUCUGGACUAUCGCGUUCGGGAGGCGGAUAGGCUGGCGCAAACGAUCCGGAGAUUCUUGCAGGAGCUGAUGGAUUCUCUGGCCGAAGUGAUCCAGAUGCGCAUCGGUGGCGGCGAUGAGCAGUCGCCCGAUGAUGAUAAUAAUGAUGAUAAUGAUGAUAACGAUGAUGGAAGUGGUGAUGAUGAUGAUGACCCAGAGGCAGAAGAGUCAGACUCGGAGCCUUCCAGCGACGAUGAUACGGAGGAAUCGGACUUGGAUCUCCUUCUAGAUGGUGUCCGAGACCCAAUCGACCGACUCUACAAAGUGUCAACCAAGAUCCGAAAUCCGUCAUCCAGGCUCGGCUCAUCCAGAGCGACGAACCACCAGCAGAUCGACGAAGAAACCGGUGUCGACUUCCUGCGCGCUAUUGAACAAGCCGACUACGACCACAUCAGGUCGCUGUUCCUCCAGUACCAAAAGGCCAGGGCGCUCCAGGAGCGUGACACGGUGGAACCCACCAAGGAUACGGUUGGAGGAGAAGAUAAUGGAGAUGGUGUCUGGGAGCCGAUCCGGACCGUCCUAUCUCAGCAUGGAGCCGCCGAAUUCUUUCUCAUUCGCCGCGUCGCCCGCGCAAACGUGCGCCGAAGGCAGCAGUUUGCGUAUCGAAAGAUGCAUCGGGAGAAACUGGCUCGUCAAGCGAGGGCCUCUAUAUCUACACAAAGCGUUUUGACUCCAGGGACCGAGAUCCCCUCCCAGCCCUCGUUCGACAGGCAUGUGUCCAACAGUUCGUUCAUACCCCAGGCUGAAUUGGCUCCUCCUGCGGCGUCCGUCACAACCGCUACGAAUCUGAACCUGGCCCGACUCGAACUCGUGGAGAAUCAGUCGAUGUUUACGGUAUCCGAGUAUGCUCCUUCAACGUGGCAGCCGGCCCGAGAUGCAGUGGCUUUCCCUCCCCCACCAACAACGCAGUCGGGUGAAAAGUUCUUCGAAUGCCCGGCCCAUCUUAUCCACGAUCUCAGCCCUUAUAUCUGCACAUACGAGGACUGCAGGAACCCAGACCAAUUGUACGACGACCGCCACGACUGGGCCCACCACGAGAAUUCGUGCCAUCGGAAGGUAUGGCGUUGUCCGGAGCACUCGGGUCAAGUGUUCACUCUGCUGGGGACGUACCGAGAACAUCUUCGCAACGAACACACCGACUAUGGUGACGAUGCAUCGGCGAAUCGAAUUAUCCGUGCCAGUGAAUCCAUCAUGACGGCUACAGACAGGCCUUGCCCGGUAUGCUCGAUAGUCUUCGACACUCCGAGAGUACUGCAAAACCACAUCGCGUUGCAUCUGGAGAGAUUUUCCCUCUUUUCGUUGCCGCGAUCUGUUGCCUGCGGUGGCGACGACGAUGACGACGUUGCUGAUGCUGACUCGGACAAGGCCAAUGGUACGAUUGAGGACUCUCGGGACGAGGAUUUUGAAGGGGAUUUGGACAUUAAGAGUGAGAACACCGGCGGUGAAGUCGAAGAAGGCGGGGAAGCGAGCGAGGCGCCCGAGAGCAGAAUUGAAGUGGCGGAGGAACCCCCCGACGCACCCGAUAAGAAAGCAUCUGAGGAAGUAAGUAGGUUGCCCGAAGCCAAAUUCGAACUCACUGAGGAAGCGGUUCUGGCAAUCGACAGUAAAGUCGACGUGGCCGUGGAAGCGAAGAGUGCUGAAUCCGAGGAUAAUUUGGUGGUGACCGGGACGACAGUCAACGUAUUCGAGGAUCACAAUACUCCGGUCUAUAUGGUGGCGUUCUCUCCAGACGACAAACUCCUAGCCUCCGUGUCUGAUGAUAAGGUGGUCAGGCUCUGGGAUCUGGAAAGUGAAGCAGCGCCCACACCCCUUAAGGGGCAUAAAAGCGGAUUCAGGUCUCUAGCAUGGUCUCACGAUGGCCGGACAAUAGCGUCGGGAUCAUACGACAAGACGACCAAGCUUUGGGACGUCAGUACGAACACAUGCCUCCAUACGCUUCCGGGGCACGGAGGAGCCGUCAGCGGUCUUUCUUUCUCGUCGGACGACAAAUUGUUGGCCUCUGCAUCUCACGACAAGACAUGCAAGCUCUGGGACGUGAGCACAGGAACGGCGCGUUUUACUCUCGAGGGACAUAUAGCUGGUGUCUUCUCUAUAGGCAUCAGCUCCAACGACAAGUAUAUUGUGUCGGGGUCCAACGACAGGACGGUUAAGAUCUGGGACCUGGCUACGGGGGCACUACUUCACACGCUCAAGGGCCAUGGUCGAGUGAUCUACGCCCUCGCAUUCACGCCAGACAGCCAGAUACUUGCGACCGCGGGUAACGACUGGACUAUCAAGCUUUGGGAUUUGGGCUCAGGAAUGUUGCUUCGCUCCAUCAAAUCUCAUGAGAAAGGCAUUACCGCAUUAGCAUUCUCGCCUGACGGCUCACUUAUGGCGUCUGGGUCUUAUGACUACAUGAUUAAAAUUUGGGAGACGACGACUUGGACAAAUGUCGGUGUCCUUAGAGGCCAUUCAGCGGAUGUCUACGGCGUAGCAUUCUCACGGGACGGUCAGCGGAUCGCGUCGGGAUCUCGCGAUAGAAUGGUAAGGCUCUGGGAUCUCAGCCUUGAAAGACGAGCGCUGCCUGUAGAUUGA